UUCCUCACCGGCUGCUCCUGUUUUCCUAGGAUCUCUCUCAACACCCUGACCCUCAACGUCAAGAGCGAGAAGGUCUACACCCGCCACGGGGUGCCCAUCUCGGUCACGGGCAUCGCCCAGGUAAAGAUUCAGGGGCAGAACAAGGAGAUGUUGGCAGCUGCCUGCCAGAUGUUCCUGGGGAAGACAGAGGCGGAGAUCGCCCACAUUGCCCUGGAGACGCUGGAGGGCCACCAGAGGGCCAUCAUGGCGCACAUGACCGUGGAGGAGAUCUACAAGGACAGGCAGAAGUUCUCAGAGCAGGUCUUCAAAGUGGCCUCCUCCGACCUGGUCAACAUGGGCAUCAGCGUGGUGAGCUACACUCUGAAGGACAUUCACGAUGACCAGGACUACUUGCACUCUUUGGGGAAAGCUCGAACAGCGCAAGUCCAGAAAGAUGCUCGCAUUGGGGAAGCUGAGGCCAAGAGAGAUGCUGGGAUACGGGAGGCCAAGGCCAAGCAGGAAAAGGUCUCUGCUCAGUACCUGAGUGAGAUUGAAAUGGCCAAAGCACAGAGGGACUACGAGCUGAAGAAGGCUGCGUAUGACAUCGAGGUCAACACCCGCCGUGCACAGGCCGACCUGGCCUAUCAGCUUCAGGUAAGGGCCGCACGCUGGGCAGGUGGCCAUGCCGCCAAGUGCCCCUUCCUGUGUCUCUCAGGCCACCUCUGUUUCUCCUACUUGCCUUCUCUGCAAGUCGAGGGAUUGGACUGGCGGCUGGAGCGCCUCGCCGAGGCCGAGAAGUCCCAGCAGAUCAUGCAGGCGGAGGCCGACGCGGAGUCCGUGCGGAUGCGCGGGGAAGCCGAGGCCUUCGCCAUCGGGGCCAGAGCCCGCGCCGAGGCUGAGCAGAUGGCCAAGAAGGCAGAAGCCUUCCAGCUGUACCAGGAGGCCGCGCAGCUGGACAUGCUGCUGGAGAAACUGCCACAGGUGGCAGAGGAGAUCAGCGGCCCGCUGACCUCGGCCAAGAAGAUCACGCUGGUGUCCAGUGGGGGCGGAGCCGUGGGGGCAGCCAAGGUGACCGGGGAGGUGCUGGACAUCCUGAGCCGCCUGCCCGACAGCGUGGAGAGACUCACGGGCGUCAGCAUCGCCCAGGUUAACAACAAGCCUUUGAGGACAGCCUGAGCCCCACCUCACCAGAGCUGCCUCAGGGCUUGGUCGCCUGAGUAACCCUGCUGUUGCUCGCACCCCGUGACCCUGCAGCAUGUUGUUUGAAAGCGGGGUCCCUCUCCUUGGUUGGGGGGCUGCUCCCUGCAGACUCCACUCUGCCUUGGCCCAGUCCCUGGUGCCGUGCUUGUGUGCUGAUGCCACUCCGUCCUGACUCAAGACUGUCGCCCUGCCUUCUGAUCCUUUCCUGACCAAGACGGAGCAGUCUGGAGGUUCCUGCCAAAUAAACUGCUGUUCGUGAGUUCUGAUACUUAAACAUAAUAAAACAACCAAUUCAGAGAGAAA